AUGCUCUCUCCGUCUCUGCUGCGCACUGGCGCUCCCAGGGCCCUGGCCAUGAGCCGGGUCUUGCCUUUUAGGAACCAGUACCGUCUCCUAUCCACAACACCCCGCCGGUAUGCCGACGAGAAGCUCAACCGGAUUUCCUCCAAGAUCACACAACCGAAGUCGCAGGGUGCCUCCCAGGCUAUGCUCUACGGUACCGGCUUGACCGAGGCAGACAUGUCCAAGGCCCAGGUCGGCAUCUCGUCCGUCUGGUACGAGGGCAACCCCUGCAACAUGCACCUGAUGGAGCUCUCUGGCCAUGUCCGCAACAGCAUCGAAAAGGCCGGGCUCGUCCCUAUGCGCUUCAACACCAUCGGUGUUUCUGACGGCAUCAGCAUGGGCACCACGGGCAUGCGCUACAGCUUGCAGAGCAGAGAGAUCAUCGCCGACAGCAUCGAGACGGUCAUGCAGGGCCAGUGGUACGACGCCAACGUGUCGCUGCCCGGCUGCGACAAGAACAUGCCUGGUGUCCUGAUCGCCAUGGGCCGCGUCAACAGGCCUAGCAUUAUGGUCUACGGUGGCACCAUCAAGCCGGGCUGCACCAUGAAGGGCGAGCCCAUCGACAUCGUCAGCGCCUUCCAGGCGUACGGCCAGUACAUCUCGGGCGAGAUCGACGAGAAGCAGCGCUUCGACAUCAUCCGCAACGCCUGCCCUGGCGGCGGCGCCUGCGGUGGCAUGUACACGGCCAACACCAUGGCCUCGGCGAUCGAGACCCUCGGCAUGACCCUCCCUGGCAGCAGCAGCUUCCCGGCCGAGGACGCGCGCAAGAAGGCCGAGUGCGAGAGCGUGGGCGAGGCCAUCAAGAACCUCCUCCGCGAGAACAUCCGGCCUAGCGACAUCCUGACCCGACAGGCGUUUGAGAACGCCAUGGUCGUCGUCGGCGUGCUGGGCGGCAGCACCAACGCUGUGCUGCACCUCAUCGCCAUCGCCGACUCGGUCGGCAUCAAGCUCACUAUCGACGACUUCCAAGCCGUCUCGGACCGUAUCCCUUUACUCGCCGAUCUGAAGCCCUCAGGCAAGUACGUUAUGGAGGACCUGUUCAAGAUCGGCGGCACCCCGGCGCUGCUCAAGUUCCUCCUCAAGGAGGGCCUCCUCGACGGCUCGGGCAUUACCGUGACUGGUAAGACCAUGAAGGAGAACGUCGCCGACCUGCCCGGCUUCCCCGCGGACCAGCCCAUCAUCCGCCCCCUAAACAACCCGCUCAAGCCGACGGGCCACAUCCAGAUCCUGCGCGGCUCGCUCGCCCCCGGCGGGUCGGUGGGCAAGAUCACGGGCAAGGAGGGCCUCCGGUUCGAGGGCACGGCCAAGGUGUACGACUACGAGGAUGCCUUCAUCGAGGCGCUGGAGCGGGGCGAGAUCAAGAAGGGCGAGAAGACGGUGGUGGUGAUCCGGUACGAGGGCCCCAAGGGCGGGCCCGGCAUGCCCGAGAUGCUCAAGCCCAGCUCGGCCAUCAUGGGCGCCGGGCUCGGCCAGGACGUCGCCCUCAUCACCGACGGCCGCUUCUCCGGCGGCAGCCACGGCUUCCUCAUCGGCCACAUCGUGCCCGAGGCCAUGGAAGGCGGGCCCAUCGGCCUAGUCCGCGACGGCGACAAGAUUGUCAUCGACGCCGACAAGCGCGUCCUCGACCUCGAGGUGCCCGCCGACGAAAUGGCGCGCCGCAAGGCCGAGUGGAAGGCCCCCGAGCCCAGGGCCAAGCGCGGUACCCUGAAGAAAUACGCCUCGCUGGUCAGCGAUGCCAGCCAGGGGUGUGUCACCGACAAAUAG